UUGGUUAUUGCUAGGGGACCGACCGCGUCACAGCACGCUCUGCCGCUACAUCUUCAAUUUGGGGACAAAAAAAACAACAACAACAACAAUCUGCGGUUUGUUUGUCUCUUGUGGCGCAAACUUCGGUUUUAACGCGACUUUAGCUUCACUUAUUCUGUGUUUUAAUGCGCGGGAACAGCUGCUGCUUUGUGCUAGCAUAAGAUAAUGUAGUUUAACCUUUUUUUUUUACCUCUUUUUUUUGUCGUUUUGUGGUUUUUUUUUUGUUUUUCAGGUGAAACAGACGAAAGACCGCUGGCUGCGACUUUUCUGAUUUGUUCCUGAGAUCAAGAACUCAAACUGGCUGAAAUGGAUGAACAAAGCGUUGAGAGCAUCGCCGAGGUGUUUCGCUGCUUCAUCUGCAUGGAGAAACUGAGGGACGCUCGUCUCUGCCCGCACUGCUCCAAACUCUGCUGCUUCAGCUGCAUACGACGAUGGCUGACGGAGCAGAGAGCCCAGUGUCCACACUGUCGCGCUCCGCUCCAGCUGAGGGAGCUGGUCAACUGUCGCUGGGCGGAGGAGGUCACCCAGCAGCUGGACACCCUGCAGCUCUGCAGCCUCACCAAGCACGAGGACAACGACAAAGACAAAUGUGAGAACCACCACGAGAAGCUGAGUGUUUUCUGUUGGACCUGUAAGAAAUGCAUCUGUCACCAGUGUGCUCUGUGGGGAGGCAUGCACGGCGGCCACACCUUCAAGCCUCUGGUGGAGAUCUACGAGCAGCAUGUGACCAAAGUGAAGGAGGAGGUCGCCAAGCUCCGCCGCCGCCUCAUGGAGCUCAUCAGCCUCGUGCAGGAAGUGGAGAGGAACGUGGAGGCCGUGAGGGGAGCGAAGGACGAGAGAGUCAGAGAGAUCCGAAACGCCGUGGAGAUGAUGAUCGCUCGUCUGGACAACCAGCUGAAGAACAAACUCAUCACCCUCAUGGGCCAGAAGACGUCCUUGACCCAGGAGACGGAGCUGCUGGAGUCUCUCCUGCAGGAAGUGGAGCAUCAGCUUCACUCCUGCAGUAAGAGCGAACUGAUCUCCAAGAGCCCAGAGAUCCUGCUCAUGUUCCAGCAGGUCCAUCGGAAACCCAUGCAGUCCUUCGUCACCACGCCGGUCCCUCCAGACUUCACCAGUGAGCUGGUUCCUGCCUACGACUCCAGCACUUUUGUUCUGGUCAACUUCAGCACCCUGAGGCAGCGGGCUGACCCGGUCUACAGCCCUCCUCUGCAGAUAUCUGGACUCUGCUGGAGACUCAAAGUCUACCCAGAUGGAAAUGGGGUUGUUCGUGGAAACUACCUGUCUGUCUUCUUGGAACUGUCCGCUGGACUCCCUGAAACAUCAAAGUACGAGUACCGCGUGGAGAUGGUCCAUCAGGCCUCCAGUGACCCAACCAAGAACAUCAUUCGGGAGUUCGCCUCUGACUUUGAGGUCGGUGAAUGCUGGGGCUACAACCGCUUCUUCAGACUGGACCUUCUGGCCAGCGAGGGUUACCUGAACAUGCAGACCGACACACUGGUCCUCCGCUACCAGGUUCGCUCACCCACCUUCUUCCAGAAGUGUAGAGAUCAGUACUGGUACAUCAGCCAGCUGGAGUCGGCCCAGAGCGGCUACAUCCAGCAGAUCAACAACCUUAAAGAGAGGUUGGCCAUCGAGCUGUUUCGCCGUCAGACGUCGCGCAGCUCCUCGCCUCCUGACCUCAGGCUCUCCACGGGCACCACGACCUCCGAAAGAGACCCUCGCUCGGUGAAGAGCGACGACGACAUCCAGACCACUCUGAGCAACGCUAAAAAGGGAGAAGAAGAAGAGAGGACCCAGCACGAUGACUCUAAUGAGCUGUCGGACGGUGACUUGGAGGUGGACUGCCUCACGGAGGAGGAGGUGAACCCGCUGGACGGCAGCAGCACCUCGGGGAGCUCCACGGCCACCAGCAACACCGAGGAGAACGACAUAGACGAGGAGACCAUGUCAGGAGAGAAUGACGUGGACUUCAUUGGGAACCUGGAGACAGAAGAAGGAGAGCUUCCUGAUGACUUGGCUGGAGCUACAGGGGGCUCCGGCUCCAGCGUGCGUUCCUUACAUCGCAGUGCCGCUGCUGGUCGUAGCUCCAGCGGUAGCGGCGCCGCAGCUGGUGGGGCUGUGGGUCCGAGCAGCAACAGCCUCCUGGAGAUCGACCCGGUCAUCCUGAUCCAGCUGCUGGAUCUGAAGGAGCGCAGCAGCGUGGAGUCUCUGUGGGGCCUUCAGCCUCGUCCUCCAGUAUCUCUGCUGCACAGCCAAGCUCAUCCUCACUCCCGGAAAGAACGCGAGCGGCGACCUCAGGUUGUGCGCCGAUCGGCUCCAGACUCGGGGGUCCUGAUCCGCCUCAAGGCUCAGAUGGCUGAGGUCCGCAGCAAGAUGUCUGACGUCAAGAGUCAAGUGCUGGAGGCUCGAGCGAACGGAGAGCCCAGGCCCGGCCCAUCGGGGGGCUUCAGCGUGGAGGAGGUGUCGUCUCACCACGCUGAUUCAGAGUUGUCAGCUUGCCGUAAGCCCGGUGAGCUGGACCUGCUGGGGAGAGCAGCUGCGGCUCGGUCCAGGCCCUGCCGCCCUGCCAGGAAGUCUCUGUCCCCGGUCCUGGACAGCAGCGGCUCUCUGGUGGUGAAGAGGAGGAGUCCAGAGGAGAUGGAGAAGGACCUGAGAGGAGCAGACGUGGCCACAGAGCUCAGCCUGCAUCUGAAAGAGGGUGCAGAGGGAGUGCUGCAGGCUGACGGCACCCAGGGUCCCGUCGUGUCCCUCGGCGGCUCCUCGUCGGAGCAGGCCUCCACCUCCAAGCUGCAGUACUCGGUGGAGCAGCAGCUGUACGUGGCCUCGGGAUCCAGGGACGACAUCUUCUCCUUGGGAGGGCCGAGCUACAUGACCGCCAGCAAGAACUGUGGCGGCAGGACCCUAGGGGCAGCCAUGUUGGACUGUGAAUCUGAGAGCUCAGGAAACUCCCAUCAGUCCUUGCUGGAGGGCUCCUCUGCACAGCCGCAGUCAAAUGAAGAUCAGUCUCCGUCUGUCCUGGUGGCGGCGACGAGCAGCGACAGCGACACCGAGGACGAGGCCCUGCAGAGCAACAACUCUCGCUACGACAACCAGACUCCUCCCUGCACAGGAGAGCAGCUCCUGUCCGAUGACAUGAGUCUGCCCGCUGACAGGUGAUUCCCUCUGAGCCCGCCAACGCCAUGGAAACGCCACCGCCGUACCCCCCGGCGCGGCUCGCACGGCGACGCUCACGCCACUUACACACACACACACACACACACACACACACACACACCUGUAGAGUAGAAACUGCUCGUUACUGAAAUGAAGGCGACACAUUCCUCUUGGCCAGCUGUUCAUUGUGACACUGCGCCUUUAAGAGCGCUAACAUCUCUUUGGUUGUGUUCCUCAGUGACUGCUCAAUAAUGACCUCAGCAGCCAUUAAAUAGAGAUUUACACUCAACCGCCAGAUCCCUAAAAAUCUGCUCCUCCUUCCUGCUUUUAUUUUGAAAACCAGAACCACUACCAGGACUGCAGAGCCACUUUUGUAAAGAACCGAGUCUUGAGGAUGAAGGUGUAGAUAAUCCGUAGCGUUUGGCUUGCUGCUGAUGCUUAAUGCGGCCUGUCUGGGCUUUAGUCUCCACACCCACUCAACCCGAGUCCCUGCACCCCCCCACCGACCUCAUUCACUCCUCAGACCCCCUCGAUUAGUGACACUGCAGCUGGUUGCAUAAAUCCACUGAACACGAAGCGCUCAAUUAGCAUUCCUGCUUACUUAUGUAAAUGUCUCCUCUUAAUAACCGCAGCGUCAGGAACUUUUUCUGUCUGUCUGUCUGUCUGUCUGUCUGUCUGUCUGUCUGUGACAUUUGGAGAAGGCGAACUAUCACUGAAUCACAUGCGUUAUAAAACGGCUGCUGCUCUGACGUCUGCUGGCUGAGACCUCGAUGGAGGUUCGUACGACGAUGCACCGAUUGGGGGGAAAUUCUGAGCCGAUAACGAUGUUGUUGUUUUUGUUGUUAUUUACCGUAUUCGCCCUUUUUGUUCUGGGAAACAAAAGAAAUCUCACUUGUUGCUGCUCAGUCUGUUCUAGACUUUUGUGCCAGUGCUGGAAAACAGAGUUUAUUGUUUCUUAAAUAUCCAACGCACAACUAAUGCGACACAACAGAUGAACACGGACAACAAGGCGAAUACCGGCCGGUAAAUCGGUGCAUCCCUCGUCUCUGACUGACGCUCACUACAGUUUAUACACGACACAACUAGUUUGACAUUUUGUAUUUCUGAUGGAGUUACAUAAGAAGACUUUUAUGUUUAUUUAAAUAUAAAGCUUCAAACUACAGCUGGUUAGCUUAGCAUAAAGACUGGAAACUGGGGGGGGGAACAUCUGCUCCUCUCCUCAGUCUCUCCUUCGGACUGUAAAUCAGCACCGACUCAAACGCUGCUGCUCUCUUAAGGUGGAAACUCUGAGAUGAGUCAACAGCUGUUCGCCGGACGCCAGAUACCCGAGAACAGAACACUCACUGACUGCUGAACCUCUUCAUCACUUAAUCUUUGGAUCAAAGAAACCACAUCAGUGUACACGUCCACAGUCAUUAGUUUACGUUGUAAAUACCCCGAUAUAUUCUGAGAGUGCAUGGCUUUAUGGGCCGGACUGACGGGACGGAGGACGGCGACUUCUGCUCCGGUCUGCUUGACGGCGUGAUGUUUGAUGGCUGUGUGAGGGCGUGGGAAACUGCAGCCACCGUUUAUUAAACCAUGUCUUUCCUCUUAUUUGUGCUCGUUGUGUCAAAAGCUGCUGUUUAUUUUGAAUGUUCCCAGAAUGCACUGUGCGUUAUUUGAUGUGUAUAUUUCCUUACUGUGUAAUAAAUAAAAUGUUUUACGACCCUGGAAA